AAGAAAUAGAUGAACAGGUGAAAGAGUAGAGAGGUUCAGACGUUCAGUAGUCGUCGCUUCUAAUCAACUUCCACUUGUUCCACGAAAACAAGCAAUUCGAUCUAACGUGAAAGCAAGGAUUCUCUCUGAUCUUUGCCUCUUACUCCAAGCAAAUCAAUCCCCAAAGCAAACAAAAAACAUUCUUUCUUAUACCCUUCACUCCUCCCUCUUCUGUCUCUGAUAUAUUAUAUCCUUCACCCACCAUUCCUCUUGUCUCUCGUUUCGAUCAUAUCCAUUGUGUCGUUGAUUCCAAACCGGUUGUUGGUUUAUUUGGAUGUGGUGAUUAUGGAUAUGGAGUCUUGGAAGUUGCUCAGAAGUAUUUGCAUUCUUUCUUUUCUCCUUGGCUCUUGCUUCGUCUAUCAAAGCCUUCGUGUUGUUGAUGCUCAAGAAGAUCCUAAACCAGCCGUCACUUUGCAAGUUGAUGCUUCUAAUGGAGCUGGACGACCCAUUCCUGAAACGCUAUUUGGCAUAUUCUUCGAGGAGAUCAACCAUGCUGGUGCUGGUGGAUUAUGGGCCGAACUUGUUAGCAACAGAGGGUUUGAAGCUGGUGGGCAAAACAUACCGUCUAAUAUUUGGCCAUGGUCCAUUGUUGGUGAUCAUUCAUCCAUAUAUGUAGCUACAGACCGUUCAUCAUGCUUUGAACGGAAUAAAAUUGCAUUGAGAAUGGAUGUGCUCUGUGAUAGCCAAGGUUGUCCAUCAGGAGGUGUUGGAGUUUAUAACCCUGGUUACUGGGGCAUGAAUAUUCAAGAAGGAAAGAAGUACAAGGUGGCUCUUUAUGUGCGUUCAAUUGGUGAUAUCGAUCUGUCUGUGUCGUUGACGAGCUCGAAUGGAUCACGGACUCUUGCUUCUGAAAAAAUCACAGCUUCUGCAUCUGAUGUUUCAAAAUGGACUAAAAAAGAGGUUAUUUUGGAGGCAAAAGGGACAGAUCCUAGUGCAAGACUUCAGUUAACAACAACCAAGAAAGGGUCAAUAUGGAUUGACCAAGUCUCGGCCAUGCCAGUGGAUACUUAUAAGGGACAUGGUUUCAGAAACGAUCUUUUCCAAAUGAUGGUUGAUAUAAAACCCCGUUUCAUCCGGUUCCCAGGUGGUUGUUUUGUCGAGGGUGAAUGGUUAAGUAAUGCAUUCCGCUGGAAAGAAACCGUAGGACCUUGGGAAGAGAGACCGGGCCAUUUUGGUGAUGUUUGGAAGUAUUGGACCGAUGAUGGCCUUGGCCACUUCGAGUUCUUUCAAUUGGCAGAAGACAUUGGUGCAGCCCCGAUAUGGGUGUUUAACAACGGGAUAAGUCAUAAUGAUGAAGUUGAAACUGCCAGUAUCAUGCCCUUUGUUCAAGAAGCACUCGACGGUAUUGAGUUUGCCCGAGGAGAUGCUAAUUCAACAUGGGGAUCUGUUCGAGCUAAAAUGGGACGCCAAGAGCCUUUUGAACUGAAAUACGUUGCCAUUGGAAAUGAAGAUUGUGGAAAAACAUACUACAGAGGAAACUAUAUUGUGUUCUAUGAUGCUAUAAAAAAAGCCUACCCAGAUAUCAAAAUCAUCUCCAACUGCGAUGGAUCUUCUCAUCCGCUCGACCACCCAGCUGAUUACUAUGACUUUCACAUUUACACUUCUGCUAGCAAUUUGUUUUCCAUGUAUCAUCAAUUUGACCGCACUUCACGCAAUGGCCCGAAGGCUUUUGUCAGUGAAUAUGCUGUGACUGGAAAAGAUGCUGGUACGGGAAGCCUUCUCGCCUCUCUUGGAGAAGCUGCGUUUCUCAUUGGUCUUGAAAAGAAUAGUGACGUUGUGGAAAUGGCUAGCUAUGCACCACUCUUUGUGAACACAAACGAUAGACGGUGGAACCCUGAUGCAAUAGUAUUCAAUUCCUCUCAUCUAUAUGGAACUCCUAGCUAUUGGGUCCAACGGUUCUUUGCAGAGUCAAGUGGAGCAACUCUUCUCACUUCAGCCCUCAAGGGAAACUCUUCUUCUCUUGUCGCAUCCGCAAUCUCGUGGAAAAACAAUGGCAAAGAUUACAUACGCUUAAAGGCAGUAAACUUCGGAGCUACCUCAGUAAAUAUGAAAGUGCUGGUAACUGGAUUGGACCCGAACGUGAUGAAAGUUUCGGGAUCAAAGAAGACAGUACUUACAUCUACCAAUGUGAUGGAUGAAAAUUCCUUCUCACAGCCAGAGAAGGUGGUGCCACAUGAAAGCUUGCUAGAGAUGGCAGAGGAGGAUCUGACCGUUGUUCUCCCGCCACAUUCCUUCUCUUCUUUCGAUUUGUUGAAGGAAUCUGCAAAGAUAAAAAUGCCAAUUUCUGAUUCUUCUACUCAUCAGAAAACUACCACUCUCUGAAGAGUUAACGAUGACAAUAAAUAUAAAUAAUUUACUGAUUCCGGUCACUGGGUCCAUGAUUUGAAGCCACGAUCAUCAUCGAUUCUUAGGAAUCGUUCGGAAGAGUGAAUGUGAUGAUCCAGUUGCUUUUGCAUGAAUUUUGCGUUGCUGCUGCUGAGAGCGUACCAUUGCUUGCACGUCUCUUUGAAUCGGAGCAAAGAUUCAACCGGAGUUCUGCAAAGUAUCUCUUCGACUAACUCAGACGGCAACGAGGACAAACGAUUCGCGGGAGCCUGAGCCAUGGGGACGUAACGUUUUGAAAGAAAGAGAAAAAAAAAAGAGAGAUGUGAGUCGAGUGAGAGAGAUUGAUUCUUGAAAGAUGAUAAAAUGGUUUCUUGUUUCCUUUUUCGUUUCUCAGUUAGCUUUUUAUUGACUUUAA